AUGGCCACGCCAAUGUUACGCGGGUGUUGCUUCAGCGGGUGCGCCAACGUGGCCUUGGCCGACCGGGACGGCAAAUGCGAUUUGCAUAAGCACAAAGGUAAGUGCCAGGCCCCGCUGUGCGUCAACCAAGUAUACGCCCGCCACCUGUGCGUACGCCACGGCGCCAAGCGGCGAUGCCAAAUCCCUGAUUGUUGGGCCAACGCGCGUCGCGGUCCGCUCUGUAGCCGCCAUGCUGAACUCCCUGCCCUUCGCAAGACGUGCAUCGAAGACGGAUGCACCAAACAUGCACAGCGGCAUCAAAAGUGCGUUGCCCACGGUGGAGGACGGCGAUGCAAAGCCAACGAUUGCAUGCGGUGUGCGCGAUCCGGCGGGUACUGCGCGCGGCACGGCCGGGAGCUGCUCGAGCAGACGUCACUGCUGGCCAGUACUGCACACAUCGAGCCCGUGAUGGUGUCCACGAUCUCUCUCGACACGGAAGACGCUGGCUCGUCCAACGAAUCAUUAGGCGCAUUCACGGAAGUGGAUGCCGUUGUCUUGGGAUACUUUCUACGGUGA